GGAGGAGCAGGUUAGUCUGCGGCCAAAGAGUGCAUACUCGGGUGGGCGGAUCAUAGCGGUGACAGCGACGCUCGUAGACUCCCAACAAACUGUCAAAAAGCAGACAACUAACGCCAUGGCGGAGCUAGACCUGAGUCUGAGCGAUGCACUGACGGACAGCGCUCCACAGCCGGCCCCGGACAGCCUGGUGGAAAGGGACUUUGUGGCUCAGCUGGAAGCGGAGACCUUCGUGGAUCAGGUCGGGGAGACGGUGGGGAAGACAGACUACAUCCCCCUGCUGGACAAUGACGGCACCAGAGCAGACACGGAUGCUACGUUGGAGAAUGGAGAGAAGGAAGCGCAUGUGGUGCAAAAGCCUGGUUGUAUGCUGACGGCGGGGGGGCAGACGUCACUGUUGCGCCCCGAGCCACAGGGAGAGGUGCGGAGACGCUCACUUGACCAGCAGCAGGCCUUGGCUACAGACAUCAUAUCAGGUUUGUCCCAGCCUGGUGGGAGGGGGGUCAAUGUGGAGUUUGGGUCUGCACCCCACUCAGCAGAGAAGAUUCCAAGUAUAGCAGAACCCCCCCAUCCCACACCCCCAGUGGGUUCAGAAGCCCCUAAAGAGCACAGCCCCAUGCUGCCUGAACCCCAGACUCCUCGCAGCCCUCUGGAUCCGUCAUCAGGUGCCUUAGGCGACUGCUGGCCAGACGAGGCUGGCUGCCUACCGACAGACCUCCCUUUCAGCCCCAGUGUCUCCACCGUGAUCAGUCGCCAUGCAGGCCAUCUCCCAGUCAACCCCGACAACCCACCUGACAGCUGGCCUAGCCGCGAGAGCCCUGCCUAUGCUGGGGGCGACGAAAGGGAGGGAGAAGGCUCAGAGCGAAAACAGAAGAAGAAGAAGAAAAGGCGUCAGAAAGAUGAGGGAUCUUACGAACACCUGGAAAGCAGGGGUCACCCUGAGGUCCAAACACGGGGAGAGAACACUGCGUCAACAGAGGAGUUCUACAACAGGAUUGGCCCAAGGCGGGAUAGAGGAGAUGGUGGCUGGGAAGACAAUCUCGGGAAGAACGGAGGCAGGGGAAAGAAGGGCAAGAGCAGGAAGAAGCUUCCAGAGGAGUGGGGAUUCACGGCAGAAUCAUUUGUCCCUUCGGCCGCGGUGACCUCUCAAAUCACAGAGGAGGUGAUGAUGGAUCUAGGGAGUUCUGGUCAGGCAAGCCUGGAAGCGUCGUUUGGAGACAUGGACACCUGGAAAAAUGAGGUUUACCCAGAAGAAGGCCUGGUCCCUUCCCCCCUGUCUCAGGACCUAUUCUCCUCAACAGAUACCUCCAUCAACCCACUGGUCCUGAACAGCGAGCUGAAAGCCACCGCGGCUCCGUUCACUAUGCCCUCCACCACCAACACUACAACACUUGGCUCCCUUCCCAUGGCUCCUUGCCCUGUUGAUCUCUUUGACUUCCUGAUGGAUACUGAACAUGCUAGCUUAGGCAACAGCAGCCAGGCCUUCUCACCUGGUGGUGACAUGGUUGACAGCGGCAAGUUUGACAACACCAGUUCCCCUCAAGAGUCUUGUGUGCAAGGCCUGUCUGAGGGAGACACCUCUGCUUUCAGCCCCGCCCAGCCAAGCCCAGGCCUCUCCCCAAAAGGCGAAGUGAUAGCCUCGGCCCCGCCUCUGUCCCCUUCGGAUGCUUCAUGGAUUCUGAACGAGUCCAACAUGAGCAGCAACAGUGAGCUAUUUCAGUUCAGUGACACUACAGGUCAUCCUUUAACCUUAGGGCUGUCCUUCGACACACCAAGCCCCGCCCCUCUCCGCUCCCCUAAAACCACAGCGCAGGAAUUCCAGCCCAAAGAGCACAAAGAUGCCACAUUGGGCCAGAAGCCACCCAAGAAGUCUCGUUCUUCAUCUUCCUCCUCCUCUGUAAAGAGUCCCACCUCCCCAGGAUCUGGUCUUAACCCUACAGCUAAGCCCUUCUUCCCUAGCUUUGCUGAUCCCAUUGAAGAACCAGCCGCGGUCCCUCCAGUUACCCCCAUCAUCGAAGUAAAAUCUGACAAGAUGGAGAAGGCAGAGAAGAAGGAAGAGAAACUGGAGGACGAUGUAAAGAAGGUAGACCUGUUUCACCCUCUGGAUAAAGCUGAGCAGAAGAGUGUGAAGGUAGAAUUUGCCAGCAGUGAGACUCCAGCCAAGGUUGAGAAAGAGAUGGAGAAGGAAAAACAGAAAGAGACACAAAAAGAGAAGGAGAAAGAGGCAGAAAGGGUGAAAGAAAAGGAAAAUGAGAAAGAGGUAAAAGACACAGAAAAUGUUAAAGAGGAGAAAGAGGCAGCCAAAGUGAAGGUGACAGAGGAACAGACAGAAAAGGAGAAAGAGAAAGUGGAGUCAGUGCAGCAGAAGGCAGAUAAGGAGGAUAAAAUGAACAAGGUAGAAGAAUCCCCAGAUAAAUUGCUAAAGACAAAUACAGCGGACAAGACAGGGAAAGUAGAAAAAGUGGAGAUGACAAAAGAAGAAGGGAGCAAAGUGGAGAAAACAGAGACUGUGGACAAAGUGGAGAAAAAUGAAAAGUCCAAAAUUGAAGAAAAAACAGAGAAGUUUGAGAAAACUGAGAUGAAGGAUGGUAAAGAACAGCGCACGGACAAAGUAGAAAAGACCCCAGAGCAACAGCCGACACCCAACAAGCUGGAUACCAGCUAUGACAAGCUGGAGAAGAAGGCUGACACAGAGACAAAGAAGACACCAGAGGUGGAAGACACCAAGAAGGAGAAAGCUGACACAGACGAAGCCAAGAAGAUGGUGGAGAAACCCCCUGAGGAGCCGGCGGCCAGACCAAUGCAGAAGACCGAUAAGGACGAGAAGCAGGACAAAAUGCCGGUCGACAAAAAAGUUGUGGAGAUAAAGGAUGACAAGAAGGACAAGGCUGCAAAAGCAGACGGAGGAGAGAAGGCCAAAAAAGCAAAACCUGCAACCAAUGGAAGCAGUGCCACUCCGAGCAGAGACCCGUCAGGUGCAGACAAGAAGACCAAGGCACUACAGGAAGCGCCCCCUUUUCCCAAAAGGGGGCCCGGGAAAUGGCACCUAAACAGGCCCCAGUUUGGCCAAAAAAAAGGGAAAAACCAGCUACCCCCCGCACCAGAAAAAAACAGCGUUCAGUCCGCCCCCAGGGCCCGCUCUCUCUCUCUCUCAGGUGACUCUACAAAGCCCAAGACCACCAGCAGCACCACCCGCAGCACUGCUUCCUCCGCGGCUGCCUCUCGCACUCGAACCACAGCAGCCAAGCCGGCCACAACCUCCUCCACCACUGGUACAGUACCAGAGAAGAAACCCGUGGUGCCCCGAGCCCCCAGGGCCACUUCCUCAACCGUAACCGCCCCCACCACCUCUAGGAUCACAGCUCGCCCCAGCACAGCACCGGCCUCUGACAUCCGUAACGCCCGCUCUAAGAUUGGCUCCACCGACAACAUCAAGCACCAGCCUGGAGGAGGGAAGGUACCAUCUGCCUCUCAGAGCAGGGGCGUCAUAUCCAAAGAAACGAGCCAGGGCAAAGUUCAGAUAGUCUCCAAAAAGCUGGACUUCAGCCACGUCGCCUCACGCUUGGGCUCCAAGGACAAUAUGAAGCAUGUUCCUGGUGGAGGGAAUGUGCAGAUACUCAACAAGAAGGUGGAUGUGAGUAAGGUGACAUCAAAGUGCGGCUCCAAGGACAACAUCAAGCACAAGCCUGGCGGUGGUGUCGUGAAGAUCGAGUCCCACAAAGUGAGCUUUAGGGAAAAGGCUCAGUCUAAAGUGGGUUCCAUGGACAACCUGAGCCAUUCACCUGGUGGAGGAAGCAUCAAGGCUGAGGGGGCCCAGGAGACAACAGAGGGGAAUGAGACUCCCCUGAGUGGCACCACGGUCCCAGCCCCGGGCUUCGAGCCGGGGCAGGCAGGGGGCCCUGCUGCCCAGGAGAAUGGGCUGAAGGAGGGGGUUCCCUGUGAUAGUGAGGGCCUCCGGGAGCCCCAGGCUCUGGACGCACGCAUCCCAGAGACAAGCAUCUAAUUCUACUAUCCCUCUGCCCUCCUCAUCUCAACCCCCCCACACAAAACAUCACCUCCUCCCCCUCCCCACCUUCUCCUAUCUAUAUUUUUUCUUUCUCCCUUACUCCCUCCCCCUUUUCUCUGCCCCUUUCUUUCCAACCUUUCUGCUGCAGAUUGAGUGUUUCAAGCUCAACUUCCGCGAGAAUGCUCGCUCUCGCACGGACCACGGCGCCGACAUCAUCACCUGGCCAGCCCCCCAGGACGACGACAGACCCCACCCACACGGCUCCUCCCAUUCUCUACAUCAAAACCACCACCACAAUCCGGCUCCUCGCAGUGUCUCCCUCAUUGAAUCGUUGGCUUCUGCAGGCUGUGUCAGCUCCCCCUCUGCCCCCUCCUUGCAGCAUAUUUAGGGGUGCCCAGGGGGACAACAACAGCUCCUUUAAAGGGGUCUUUAUCUAUAUUGCCCCAUCAAGCCCUGAAAACCCCUUUUUAACUUAAAUCUGUCAUUGCAAUUUUUUUGAAUCAUCCAACAGCUCUGCCACUAUAGUAUUACGCCUCCUCUCUCACAUCUGAGCGUCAUGCGCCAUAGCGUAUUUGGCUGAAGAUUGGACACUAAGAUUGGUGGGAAUCAAUGUGAAGGGAAAUAAGGAGAAGGUUUUCUUACAUAUUUGAUUGUGUCUUCCCAAGCUGGCUGACCUGGAAUCAGUGGGUUUCACUUGGAUCCUCUGUACCCUCAGCCUGGCGGUGUACUCUGACCCUGCAUCAUCUCACCUCCACACACCAAAUAAGUAGCAAUCGCUUCAUUUGUCAACUGAGCAGCGUAGAAACCAUCUUGGACUCACCUAUGACUUCUGACGCACACACACACACACACACACACAGCUUCUAUUUUCCUUGUGACUUUAGGGGCUGUUUGUUCCCAUUAACCACUUACUCUCCGCUUCAAUAACAUCAAAAGUACUUCAUUAUCCAUAUUAUCUGCUUUAUCACUUACUCUCUCUUCACUAGCAUCACUUACCAUAAACAUGCUGACAAACAAAAAAAAGCUAGACAACAAGUAGGCUGUUUGAACCAUUUUAGGCUGUUUACCUCUUUAUUCUCUGUGUUUGUGAUGAUGUGUUUGAGUGACAAAACUGUGAAAAAAUGAGCUUUGGUGUUCUGUUCGGAUGUUAUUUCUGUCUUUCUUGAGUUUAUUUUUAUUUUUUUUCCUCCUAGUUUCUCGAUUUUUGAACAAGGUUUUAUUUAUUUAUUGCUUCUCUCAUGUUUCUUCCUGUGUAAGCAAUACAGUGAACAGUCUUUUUUUUCCGAGCACUCAGAAAAUCUUGAAAACACGCACAGGUUUUUGUAAACUGAGACACACAGAAAAUAUUCAGACGGAGGAAGAAAGUGAGAAAGGAGGUGUCGCUAGAAAGGUGGAGGAAAAUAAAGAAAUUGUAGGUGUGCUUGGCAUUUAUGGGAGAAAGAAAAAGUGAAAGUGUUUGAAAAGCAAUUGGGGAAGUUUGCUUAGGGAGAAAAGCUUUAACCGAGCAUGCAGUCCAGAUGGAGAUGAGGAAGAUCUCUGAAGUCAAAGAAGCUGUGUGUCUCGUACGUGCCUCCUGUCCUUACCUGAAAACUACAGUAAACGAGGAUGGCGCGGGCUAAUGCCUGAAACUGCUCAGACAAAGAGAAUAGGAUAGUUGACAAAAUGGACAUAAAACGUUAGGGGCAACCUGGUAUUGUUGUUUUAACUAAAUUCUGUAAAAAAAAAUCUAGCUGUCCUGGUAGUUGUGUUGUCAUGGUUGUUGUUCCAUUUCAGGUGUUUCUAUAAGCGGUUAUGGUAGCAUGUUGGUCGGCAGUACCUGAAUCCAAAACCAUCUCUAAAACAUGUUUGCCACUUUUCUUGUCGGCAGUGGGAAAUGAUGUGGCUUUAUACUCUUCUCUGUAGCAACCGUUGCCUCCGAUUGCCUUUGUAAUGCAUGGCCAGAUGAUAUAGUAUCAUGCCCACAGCUGAAUGCCUUUGUGCAUUAUGACUCAGUCUUCUAAUAUCUGUGUGUGACUAUCAGUCCUAGACAGUUGAUGUGUUGUUACUCAAACUAUGACUUUUAACACCAAUGGACAGAGAGCCGGUUUGUGAUGGUUGUUGUUUCACCUCUUAGUUUCAUCUUUUAUUCUUCCGCUUCAAACUAGUUGCAGAUUUGUAUACAGCGAUUCCAUCGCUCUAACGUACAGAGAUGGAAGACAGAAGUUUAUUUUGGGAAAACAUAUUUUUGUGGACAUCUUAAACCUGCAUCAUUUUUUGGGCCCUUUGGAGGCAGCCAAAAUAGACUUAUAACUUUAUGAAGUGGUUAUGACAAGCGUGUUAGCAAACACACCUAUUGCUUUUUUACUUGUCCAGCAGACACAGAGCAACAUUAGCAUUUAUUUGGAGUCGUGUCUUUGUCCUCAUUAUGAAUGUUAGUCCAGUAUUCCAUCUCUUUUGGUUUGGUCUCUACCAGCUCCUGAGGGAAAUAUAAAAAGCUCCACUAUGUUCACCAUCUAGCUGCUAACUUUGUCUGUCUGCCUCUAAGGCCCUUGUUGCUAGGCAGGAAGCCUGCUUUGGGUUUGUCAGAACCUUUUUGCUGCCCGAUGUGGCUCGAUCAUCGGUUAAUAACGAGGUGAUCAUUCACACAGAAAUAUUGAUUCUUGCAGCUUUCGCUUUUAGGAAUAUAAACUUUUUUUUUUAAUAAAAACCUUCUUUCCUUUAACAGGAAAAAGCCAAACCUCUCAAAUGUUAAAUAUUUUCUAAAGGUGAGCAGCCGUAUAAGACUCUUCCGAAGUAAAACACAGUUCUAAAAUCAAAAUUUUGAUUUAAAACAUUGAAUUAAAUAAUGGGGAAAGAAGGUUAUGAAUCUGAACUAACAUUUGAUGCCAACAUUUGGUUUAACUUCUCUAUUACUUAGUGCUGUGAACACAUUUCGGUUGAUACCAAUAAUUCAUCAAACUUUAAUAACCAGCGCUAGUUAUAGAUAUCUUGUAAAAUAGGAUCAAAUGAGUUCCAGUUUUGGUUGGGUUUGCUAACUUCAUCUUUUUUUUACAAUUCUUUCAAAUAAUGAAAAGCAAGUGAGAUAAUGGAAAACGUCUUUGCAGACCUUUUUUUUUUUUCUUUUAGAAAACUCCGUUUUGAGACCAAAGCUCCAUUAACUCCCCCCUAGAGACAAGAUGAAAUACUCCGAUUCUAUCCUAUUCAAAUUGUCACUUUAGCAGAGAUUCAUCAUAACUAAAAUGCACCUUCAUGCUUUAAUAUAGAGGGCUCAGUGUGAUGGAGUGUUGGUAUUUGAUUUGAUUUAUUGUGUUAAUAAACACCCUUCUAUGAACAAGUCAUCCCAAAUAGCUUAAUUAUGAAUGAGAUUUUACGUGACGACGUGAAGAGAGUAAUAAACUGAAUUACAGCGUCCUUAUUUUCCAGUUACUGUUUAAUCAUUGAGCAGUUCAGUUCUGAUUCAUUCAUGAUGUAGUUUUUUAUUGGAAUCCCUUUCAAUUUUAUAUAAGCAAACAAAGCCUUUUACGAAAGAUCCGGUUUUAUAAAAAGCGCAAUAACAUUGAAUUAAUGUCUUAGGAAAGUGGGAAUGUCUUUCUGCCGGUUGAGAAUUGAGUGUUGCUAAAAGAGCAGAUGUCAUCAAAUGGUUAAAUAUGCUUUGCUUGUGCCACAGCUGUCAUAAUCACAAAGCGAAACAUAUUUUCUCGUGCCUGUGCACAACCACGUUUUAGCGUUGCUCUUGCCCCAUAGUUUUUCCUGACCACUACAAUUGAGAUUGCACACGGAUGUAUAUAAAUGUUUUAUUGUUGAUGCACUCCUUAUGACCCUAAAAAAAGAAUAAAACCCAGUGUGACAACAGCAUCAGGGAGGUUGGUGGGCGGGGGUUUCAAAGUUUAUUCAGAACAGCUUUUAUGUCCAUUGUCCUUUUUUUUUUUUCUUCUCCUUUUAUUGGUUACGAGGGAAGGGAGUGUUUUAUUAUGACUGUUAUUCUGAUUAUUAGUAUGAUGAAUUGAAAAAGUCUGCCUUUUUUGUUAGAAAGGGUCCACUGAAGUGAAAGAAUGUCUUUUGAGAUAUACUGUACUAAAGACGCAACACUUGUAUAUGUAUUUAUCGUCAUUGUUCCUGUAGCCUUGUGGCGGUCGUGCUCUCAUAGUUCAAGGGAUUACACCUUGGAUUUGUGACAACCAGUUUCACAAACUGUGUCCUGGAGUAUCUAUCAAGGAUGUGCAAGACAAGAUCUGAACCCCCAAAACAACGCUUAGAACGUCUUUAUCAUCUUAUUAAAUAUGAUUUUAUUUAAAGCGCUGUAAUGACAGCCGAACUGGCAACAUAGACCUGAAUUAAUACAUUUUUUUUUAUUUAAUUUUGUAGAGCACAAUUAUUUCAAUACACUAUUGAAUCAUGCCUGCAAUCCCAGUCUUAAGCGAUAAGAAUAAUGUUCGGACUAACUGGUAAAGUUCUCAUUCAGGACACAGGGACAGAUUCAUACGAUAAAAGAACCAAGCGGACUAAAGUUAACGUACCUGAAAUACAUGAUAUUGUGUAUCGCAGUGGGCAAAAGAGGAUGUGUCGUUCAAGCAGGCGCUAAGUGUAAAGGUCGGUGUGUAGGCCUGUAAUUUGUAAUCUAAAUCUAAAUGUAUCACUAUCUCAAAACAUAUUGGCUGCUGCAUAUAGCACUGAAAUAGCAACAACAUGCCCUGGAGCGUCACACACACACCGAGACCCUAACACGUCCUUGUCUAAGGUUAACUAACUGUAGUCGUCAGGUUUGGUUUGUGUCCAACAUGCUCCUCAGUAAUCUGUCCAAGGAGUGUUGUAGCUAGAGCUUCAUCUACCGCCACGCCAGCUAAUAAACCCCUACUGUACCUGCAGAGCAUGCUGAAAACAACAAUGGGAUGUGUUAGGUAGACUUACUAUGUCAUUCGCAGAACCUCCUCAUUGUUUUUUGUGUUGUUUUUUUCAUUAAUUUGAAUUUUAUUUUUGGGUUUGAAAAAAAAAGUGUUUAUUGUGAUUACUUGUUAAUUAGUGAUGUGAUUAUUGAACAUGAAAUAAAACAGACUAAAACUCU